UCAGCCAUUUUGCUGCUUUUCUCUCUUAUGCUUAGCUUUUCCAUUGUCGCCUUCGCUGGCAACCUCUAUGAUGAUCUCUACCGAACAUGGGGAGAGGAUCGCUGCAAGAUACUCAACAAUGGACAGCUUCUGACCGUCACCCUUGACGAAGUUUCUGGCUCAGGCUUCGAGUCGAAGGACGAAUAUUUGUAUGCAAAGAUAGAAAUGGAUAUCAAGCUUGUCCCCGGAAACUCUGCUGGCACCGUCACUGCAUUUUAUUUGUCCUCCAAAGGGCAAUACCAUGAUGAGAUUGAUUUUGAAUUCUUGGGGAAUGAAACUGGUCGACCGUACACUCUUCACACAAAUGUCUUCUGCCAAGGCACCGGCAACAGAGAGAUGCAAUUCCGCCUCUGGUUCGACCCCACGGCUGAUUUCCACUCCUACUCCAUUCUCUGGACUCCUAAACACAUUGUGUUUUUGGUUGAUGGCAUUCCCAUUAGAGAAUUCGAGAACUUGGAGCGUUAUGGGGUACCUUUCCCGAAAAACCAGCGUAUGAAGUUGUAUGCUAGUCUUUGGAACGCGGACGACUGGGCUACGAGAGGUGGUCUUGUCAAGACAGAUUGGUCUGAAGGACCCUUCAAUGCCUACUUUAAGAAAUUCAACGCCGAAAAUGCUUGCGUUUGGUCUCGCGGUGCCUCUUCUUGCAGAUCGAAUUCUAAAUUUUCUCCAUUCAGCAACAACGCCUGGCUUUGGGACAAGCUUGAUUAUGGAGCUGAAGGGAAUAUGAAAUGGGUGCAGCAGAAACAUAUGGUCUACAAUUACUGCACAGACACAAACAGAUUCCCUCAAGGCCUUCCUAAGGAGUGCUACCUAAAGAAUCCCAAAUACUAG